AACAGUAACACACGUUCGGGGUCUGUGAACGCACCCCGAGCAUCAGUUAAUCAGCAGCUCACCUGUGAGACUCUGCUUUAGCUCUCACACCAGCCUCUGCUUCUUCUUCCUAAAACUCGUUACCCAGCUAAUAAAAUAAGUAGAAUUGAAACCUUUUGUUUUAGAAUUUCACCUCUUUUGCUUGUUAAAACAGCUGAAAUAUGCAGCAGCCUUCAGGAGCACAGAGCACAGAGUCAGAUCCUUCAGAUCAGUACUCAAAGAGACGCUGCACAGCGAUGUGGUGCACCGCAGCUUUACACGCUCUGUCCGUCAUCAUCCUGCUGAUCGGCCUCAUGGCUGCUACCCGUACUGGAAAUGUGGCGGUGGCUGGUUACUACUCAGGCAUCAUACUGAGCUUUGGAACGUUCUUGGGCAUCGUUGGGCUCAAUGUGGUGGAGAACCGAAGACCUAUGUUGGUUGCCUCCAUCAUUUUCAUCAGCCUGGGUGUGAUCUCCUGUUUCUUUUGCUCCAUCGUGGACGGCAUCGUCGCCGCCGAGUAUAUAGACCGAAGACCGCUAAUGGAAGGAAGGUGCGAGUUUUAUGCCAGCAGCUCAGGCUAUGCGUAUGACAACUACUACAGCGAGGUUACGUGUCAGAACUAUAACCAAGACUGCAAGCUCAAGGUGAAGACCAACACCUGUUACUGCUGUGAUUUAUACAGCUGUGAGAGCCCAGGAUACAACGCACAUUACUAUGAGUUCACGGGCGUGAGUAGCUGCUGGGACGUGGUGCACCUGCACAGGCUGCUGUGGUCCGACGUGGUGCUCAACGUGCUAGGAGUUUUCCUGGGCAUCAUCACUGCUGCCAUACUGGGAGCCUUCAAGGACCUGGUUCCAGCCGUUCAGUCACAGGCGUCUCCGCGGCCCGCUCCUCCACCGCACAUCCUCUAUAAUCCCACACAGCAUGUGGUCACUUAUGCAGGAUUCUGCCCAUCUGGACAAACCCUGCCUGCUUACCCCAAUUAUCCAGUGCCCCUGCAGCACCUCAACAAUUACCCAGCAGCCAGUCCUUCUCAGCCCAGCCCCGAGGUGCCCAUGUCUCCAUCAGAAGAGAGCCAGUCUCAGCCCAGCAAUAGCAACCCCGCAGCUCCAUCCCAGUCCAGCUGUCCAGACACCUCAGCCUACAUGCUCACUCCAAAUGCACCCUCGCUCUAUCCACACUCGUUAGGGCCCUUUGAAAAGCCUCCACCCUACGCAUGCUGA